GGCAAAGCGGAGCACCGAGCAGUCAGCACAUCCCGGCGGCACGAUUGGUCGCGCCGGGCAGGCUGGCCCGGAGCGCCGGUUCCUGGAUCCCCCGCGCGCGAUGGCGUCGGGUGGCUGGCGCUGGCUGCGUGGCCUGUGGGCCGUGGGGCAGCCCAUGUUCCAAGGCCGCGCGCUGCUCUUUACCAACACGCUGGGCUGCGGCGUUCUCAUGGCGGCGGGGGACGGCGCGCGCCAGUCCUGGGAGAUCCGCGCCCGGCCCGGCCAGAAGUUCGACCCGCGGCGCUCAGUGAGCAUGUUUGCUGUGGGCUGCAGCAUGGGCCCCUUCCUACACUACUGGUACCUCUGGCUGGACCGCCUGCUCCCUGCGUCCGGCCUCCGUGGGCUUCCGAACGUCCUCAGGAAGGUCCUCGUCGACCAGCUGGUGGCCUCUCCCCUGCUGGGUGUCUGGUACUUCUUGGGUAUUGGCAGCCUGGAGGGCCAGUCCCUGGAAGAGAGCUGCCAGGAGCUUCGGGACAAGUUCUGGGAAUUCUACAAGGCUGACUGGUGCGUGUGGCCUCCUGCGCAGCUGGUGAACUUCCUCUUUGUGCCCCCCCAGUUCCGAGUCACCUACAUCAACGGCCUGACCCUGGGCUGGGACACGUACCUUUCCUACCUGAAGUACCGGGUGAACGCAGGGGCCAGGCCGGGCGCCCAGGAAACUGCUCAGGGGCCACACAUGUGAGCCCCACGUGGCAGUCCAGCUCCCCUCCAGGGCGAGGGCCUCCGGUGCCCUGACAGUCCGCACCUCCGGGUUGGCAGGCGGAAGCUGAUCACCAGCAGAGUGAAGACCGAGCCCCUCAGCUGUCUAACGGGACCUUAGCCAGGUCCCUGCCUCAUCUUUUCAGUGAGGCGGACUCCAACCCCCAGACAAGUGGAGAGCUUGGUGAGGAGCCUGAAGGAGGGAUGGAUGUGGUGUGUGGACAGAUCCCAGGCUCCAUGACACCCCCAGCAGGAGUGGCCCGGUGCGGACUGAGUUGCCCCACCCCCUCGACUAGAUGCCAGAUGAGGCAAAACCAAUUCCACCCGAGUGGGAAGAGGGAUGGGCCCAAAGCAGGCCAGGGUCCUGGGCUGAAUCCUACCCCCACCUCCACUCCUAUGCACCUGGCUGGGCUGCCCCUUCCAAGCCCACGACCAGGCCUUAGUCUUCCCACCUG